AUGAAGAGUACACGAUCAUUACUGCUGCAAAGACGGUACUUGUCGCUGACACACAGGCGGGUGCUGAGCUCUAGUGUGAGACAGCCGUUGCUACGGAGAGGAUUCCACUCUACAUCGUCUGUGAAGCAAGAGUUUAAGGACCCUUAUGAGACACUGGGUGUCAAGAAGUCAUCGUCCCAGUCGGACAUCAAGAAAGCGUAUUAUAAGCUGGCCAAGAAGUACCACCCGGAUAUUAACAAAGAGGCUGGCGCAGAGAAGAAGUUCCACGACUUGCAGAACGCGUACGAGAUCUUAUCCGAUGAAAGCAAGAGGAAACAGUACGAUCAGUUCGGCGCAGCUGCGUUCUCUGGUGGCGCGGGUGCUGGCCCCGGCGGGCCAGGUGCUGGUCCCGGUGGGUUUAAUCCCUUUGGCAACGGGUUUGGCUUCGAUUUCUCGGGAGGCCAGGCCGGUGGCGCUGGUGGUUUCGGAGGCAUCAACUUCGAGGACUUGUUCGGAACUGCUUUCGGAGGCGGGCCAUUCGGUUCCUCGUCAAACAGCGGGCGCAGGUCUUCCUCAAUGUUCAGAGAGUACAAAGGUGAUACCAUCGAAGUCAUACAGAACCUGGAUUUCAAAGAUGCAGUCUUCGGUAAGAAAAACGUAUCGAUUAAGUUCAGAGCGCUCGACCCUUGCGGAACUUGCAACGGUUCUGGUCUCAAGUCCGGCGCAUCAAAGACCACUUGUCCGUCUUGCCACGGAUCAGGUACAACUGUUCACGUAAGAGCCGGGUUCCAGAUGAUGUCCACUUGCCAGACGUGUGGCGGUGAAGGAACCACGGUGAACGCCUCCGAUUUCUGCAAAUCCUGCCACGGUGAAGGUGUCAAUGUAAAUACCCAAAAGACCAUCACUGUUGACUUACCACACGGACUACAGGACGGAGAUGUAGUCAGAAUACCCGGCCAGGGUUCAUACCCAGAUAUCGCUGUGGACAAGGAAAUGGCAAAAUCUGUCAAACUGUCCCGUGGUGAUAUCCUGGUGAGAAUACGCGUCAACAAGGACCCGCAUUUCAGCAUAAAGAACAAGUACGACAUCUGGUACACCAAAGAAAUACCUAUCACAACAGCAGCCCUGGGUGGUACUGUAUCGAUCCCCACCAUCGAAGGCACAAAGAUCAGAAUCAAAGUCCCUGCUGGAACAGCCCCUGAGCAGGUCAUCUCUAUACCAAACAUGGGUGUGCCUAAAUCCAGCCCAUACAGAAACUCUGCCGUCCAGGCUAGAGGCGAUAUGAAGAUUCAGUACAAAGUCGUGAUCAGAAAGCCGCAAUCCAAAGCCGAACAGUGCUUAUGGGAAGCCCUGGCUGAUGUGACGAACGACACUAACGCCAAGAGAACUAUGGAAAGUUUUGCCUCCUCGGUCGAGAAGUCUGUAGAAGACAAGCUCAGCGAUAAUGACAACAAGACUUCCAAUAACUCUAAGGAGACGUAUAACACAACCGAAGACAACUCUAUGAACCCAGACGCCCCAAGCACCUUGGGUAGAUUGGAGAAGUUCAUCAGUAACACUUUUAAGAAGAUCAAAGGUGACAAGAACUAA